AAAAUAAUAAAAAAAGUUGUUUAUACAUCAUCUCAUCUAUUUAUAAAUUUUAAUUUUCAUCAAAUUGUUUAAAAAUUACAACAAAUGUAUUAGAAAAAAAACAAUAUAAAAGACCCUUUUUACUUAAAUAUAAAAGAAAAUGAUGCUUUAUACUAGUAAGCCUAAGAUCUACAAAGUGUAAUGAAAUAAAUUUAAGACAAAGAUAAAUAGAAACCCAAAAGUUAGAAUCAAAAAUGCAGGAAUUAAUAAAAAGACUAGAGCCCAAAUCAGAAUAACCAAAAAAAACAUCUGAAUAAAGCCGAUGAAAAGUAGAUUUAAGGAUUUUAUGGACCUGUUUAAAAUGAUCAGGAUGGUUUAUCCAAAGAUAUGAUUAAAUUUAAUGGUCAUAUUUAUUAAGCUGAUUAAAAGAUAAAUCUGGAAGAAUAACCAGCCGAAAUCGAUUAGUUGAGUUUAUCAAAGGAUAUAAUCAGAUUUAAUGGUCCUUUGAUAUUACUUGCUGAAUAACAAGAAGAAUAGAUAAAGAGAGCUACUAUAAAAAUUUAAAAGUUAUGGAAAGCUAAGUACCACACAAUUAAAAAAAUUAAAUAAGAAUAAUAAAAUGACAAUCAAAAUAUCCCAUCGGCUAACGAAUUUACUUUUCAAUUAUAGAAAAAAAACUAAAAUGGCUCUCCUUAAUAAGAUAAUAAGAUUAUAAAAUAGGAAAUUUCGCCUUAGAAAGCUAUCAAAAAAAGUCCUCAAUUAUAAAAAAAUAUUGAAUCUCCUGAGAAAGUUUAAAAAGCAGGUCCUUUGAUUGGAUCUCCAGAAAAAUAAAUUAAGUAGGGAUAUCUUCAAAAAUAUUAGCAGAAAAAAAACAAUGAAUGUUAGAAUGAUAUCUAGCAAGAAAAGAUAGUAAAAGACAUUUAAAAAGAAAUUCAAUAAGUAAACUUGAAAAAAGAAAAUACUUAGAAUAGGGAUGAAAACAAAAACUAUAAUUAAUAAUAGAAUAUUAAUUUAUAAUAAAUAGAAAAGUAGCCUUCAUAAUAAUUUUAAUAGUAACCUUAGUAAUAGAUAUUUAAAGACCAGAAGAAGGUUGUUGUAGUUAAUGGAGGAUUUAAAAGAACUAAAAUAUAAAAAAAUUAGAUAGAAAAGCCCUAUGAAAUAUAGAACAUAGUGAUAAAUAAUAAAUAAAAUUAACUAGAAAAAAGGUAUGUUGAUAAGGAAUUAGUAAAUCAACUGAUUUAGUAGAAUUAAGUAAUUAACCUCUAAAAAAAGUCCAAAAGCGAAUAAAAUGUCAUUGAUAAGAACAAUUAAAAAGAAAAAAUUUUGGUUAACUCUCCUCCCAAAUAACUUCCUAUAAAUAUUGACUUAAAAAAGGCAUUGAUUGCUGAAAUUAUUAGUAAAUAAAUUAAGCAAUAAGAAAGUAUCGAUCAUAAAUAAGAAGAUCAUGCUAGUAGGCCAAAGAGUUAAUUAUUCGAUAAAGAACACAAAAAAUGGGAACAGAAAGAUAAAGAUGUUCUUAAAAAAUUAGUAGAGGUCUAUGGAAAUAACAACUGGCAAGAAUUAGCUUAACAUAUGCCUAAUAAAACUGCUGAAUAAUGCAAAAAAAUGUAUGAAAAACUAAAUUCUUUAUGA